UCUUGUAUCUGUUAAAGCCAACUCUCUUUUGGGGGUGAUCGAAACAGGGCCUUAGCCUCCGGAGAAGAAGGAAACUGAGGUAUAAUGCAACUAUGUAAAAACUCUCUUUCUGUCCCUUCUGGUUUAUGGCCUGCGGCGGAGCCUCUUCCCCCGCGGGUUCUGUCAUUCCAACCUGCGGGCAUGAUGUGUUUCUGAGUUUCAGAGGUAGGGAUACACGCUUGGGUUUUACAUAUAAUCUCUACAAGGCUUUAGAUAGAGAGAAAAUCAAGACUUUCUACGAUGAUCGCACGCUCAAGAGAGGAGAGAACAUAUCAGCAGCACUUCUCCAAGCAAUAGAACUCUCCAAGAUUUCCCUGGUGAUAUGCUCUGAAAACUACGGUUCGUCAAGUUGGUGCUUGGAUGAACUUGUCAAGAUCCUUGAAUGUCAAGAAUCAAAGAAGCAGAUUGUCAUUCCACCAUUUUACAAAGUGGAUCCAUCACACGUCCGACAUCAGUAUGGUAAUUUCGGUCGGUCCUUUGCUGGGUUGAAACAGAUACAACGAGGACAAGAUCCUCAGAUGGACGGCAGCUCUUACACAACUACCAAACUUGUCUGGAUGGACCUACUCGACGGGUACGAAUCUGAUUUUAUCGAGAAGAUUGUUGAGGAGAUAUCUGAUGUGGCUGGCCUCUACAAUCAGGCGUUUAUUGAUUUUGAGGAUGGGGCGGAUCUGAAGAAUUUAGAGGAAGAAGAUGGAGCAAGUAGGUUUGAAACUGGUCACCGCACUGGUGAAGAAUAUGGAUUGGAAGGAACUUUGCGGCAUUUGAACGAGUUGUAUUUUCAGGAAUCACAGGGUGGGACACCAGAGAAGGAAUCCAGCACAGAAGCUGAUAGCAAUUUGACGAGUUCUGUUGUCGAACGGCAAUAUGUAUGUUCUUGAAAACACAAAAUACUUUUGUCAAAGAGGUAAAGAUUGCAAUAGUGCAUAGUUAUAUCUUGCCUUCCUCUAGCUGCAGCACCUGGUUGAUUGAUUGGCUAUGCCUUCCUCCUUUACUCCUCAUAUUUCUUAGUUGGUCCUCUUCGAUUUAACGCAAUGACUUGGUAGUUGGUACU